GGGAGGCUCUCCUGGAGCAAAGUAAGAGCAAAUGUCUCUACAUUUGAAGGAAAACCAACAGAGAUAAAAUCUAUGCUGCCUAAAGGGUAGAUGUUCACAGUUAGGUUUCCCCUUUUAUUUUCCAUCCCAGUUUUCUGGGUUUCCAGAAAUUUCCUAGUCAUAUUUACAUUUUAGUGUGGUUGAGUUGCCACAAAUAUUUGGUGGUUUUUGUUUCUUUCUUAUGUUUGUUCAAAAGGCUCUGGGUUUUGUCCUUUUUAAUUUCAACUGAGAUAAAAUGCAUACAGAAUAAAGGGCACAUAUUUUCAGAGCACAAGUGAACAGUGACAAAUGGUCACUAUUGCGAUGAAAAUACCGAAUAUUUCAAAUCCUCCAGAAGCCUCUCGCAUGUACUUUUCUGUCCAUCUCUAUUCCCGACCACCCUAAUUGUCCUUCUGACUUCCUUCAUAGUUGUUUGGGUUUUUCUGCCCUUGGAUUUUCAUAUAAAUUGGAGAAAUUAUUCUGUUUCUAGCUUAUUGCUAGUCUCUUUACUUGCAAAGACUGCCUUUCCUUAUUUUUUUCAGAUGUUGGUUCUGUUUCAAGCUGCUGUGUCAUAAAGGACUUUGUGAAAGGAAUUUACUUCAGCCUACAUGAAAAGGAAUCCUGAGAUGGCCAUUUUCCACACAAUGGAGUGGAUUGUGUUUCUUUUCCAAUAAACAGUGAGGAGCCACUGGAGAUGGAAAUGCAAUGAAAUGGGUGGUGGAAAGAAAAACCCUGAAGAACUCCUAGAGGAUUACAGUCUACAUGUGAGAGCUAAAAUAAUGAAGCUUCUAGAACAAAGCCCAAGAGGAUAACUUCAGGCUCUAAAGCUGUUCCAAACAGAUAUUGCCCAAGAUAUCCAGAUAAUUAAUGAAAAACAUAUGAGAAGUUACUCAACAUCAUUACUCAUCAAGGAAAUCUACAUUUUAACCACAAUACCACCUCAAGGUCGACUAAUCAAGUGUGACAACACCAAGUAUUUCCAGGAUUUGCAGCCACUGGAACUUGAACUCCCAGAUGCUGGAGUGGAAAUAGAAACCAAACCUGGGGAUUCAGCACUUGCAUUCUGAGAAAGGUACCCAAAGAAAGGAAAUGCGUAAGUCCACAAAUGAUCUUGCAAAAAUGUUCUUAAAAUCUUUACCAAUAACAGUCUCCAAUCUAGAAGGAACUCAUAGAUUGAAAAGGGAAUUGUGAUAGAUUCAUAUACUAGAGAACUUUACUGAGGUAAAAAGGAAUAAAUUAUGGCCACACCAACAACACAAGUGAAGUUCAAAAACCAUGUUGUCAAAGGAAACCAAAAAGUACAUACUGCAUGAUGUCAUUUAUGUGAUGUUUAAGACAAGGAAACAGAGUCCUGGUGGCUGCUGGUUCUGGGGGAACAUAGAGUAUGGCUGUGACUGCAAGGAGUGUGAGGAAGCUUUUGGUAUGUUGGAGACAAUGGCUCUCUGGGCUCAGUAGCAUUUAGAGGAAGAUACGUGUAGGUAUAUGUUGAUCUAGGUGCAUAUUUAAAUUCACUUUAUAUACAGGAAAUUCACCUUGCUGCAUUUAAUGUUAUCUACUUUUUAAAUGAAUGAAUUAAUUAAUGAAUAGGACUUACAGAGUCUGAAAAUCAGAACAGAACAAAAACUUCGAAGAGUGUUUCUCAGAGAAGGGAUUCAAAGAUGAUACUGCAGACAAAUUCCUUUGCAGGCCUGACCUAGAAGCCUCCUUGGUAGGAUUCACUGAAGGUUUGGUUGUUUUAUGCUGUUCAGAAAGGAAGAUUUCAAAGGACGAAGUUCCUUUCAGGUCGUGACACUUGAGCCCUCCAAGCCCUUCCCCAAAGUGGCCCUUGCCCGGUGAACAGACCACAGCGCAGAACACAGCGGCUGGACCUACCAUGAGCCCGGUCCUCUGCCCCCCCGGCACCCCCUUCACCCCCGCCCCCCACCCCCGUACCCACUACCCCAGCCCAGGAUGGUUUCUGCUCGGGGCUGCAGCACCGUGGAAGGAUAGAACCCCGCUGGCAGUAAUAACUGGCAGCAUCCUCAGCCUCUACUGCGCUGAUCUUGAGGAUGAAUUCUUUGUCCGAUUGAAUCGCAGAGAACCGGUCUGGGACUCCAGACUUGAGGUUAUCAGCAUCAUAGAUGAGAAGCUGAGGAGCCUGGCCUGGUUUCUGCUGAUACCAGCUCAAGUAAUCGAUGACGCUCUCGUUGGCCCUGCAGGUGAUGGACACGCCCUCUCUCAGGGACACCUGGAGGAAGGCCGGAGACUGGGUCAGCCCCACGUGCCCGUGGGCAGCUCGGUAGAAACAAAACACAAAGUCACCAUUGUUUACCAGGUCCCACUCCACAUUCCUCCCAGAAGAUUCUGGCGGCCCUGGUCCCAGAACCCGAGAGCACCUGGGUUUCCAAGGGGAGGGGAGACCCUGGGUCAGGGAUCCACAGGCAGGAUCCCUGGGGAGAUCUCACAGUCAGGAGGAGAGGACUCCCACCGUCUCCGGGAUGUCCCCUGCACUCCCCUCCCCACCUGGGAGGCAGGCCAGCAGAAGGCAGAGGAGUUGGGUUGGGACUCCCAUGUUCAAUCCGAGGCCCAGCCUGAGGCUUUUUUGCCCCGAAUGUCUGAGCAGCCUCUUUAUGAAGAUGCUGAAGACCAGAAAUGGGCUCUGGGGAAAAUCUUUUUAGUUGAAGUAAAUAUUCUCUAAACCUGGUAACUUGCUGAAAUGCAGAGCCCCAUCUGAAGGUCUAAGGUGACCGGCAUUUCUGUGUUUAUAAGCAGUUCUCAGUGAUGCAGAUGAUGCCGCACGCUUGCAGGAAAAUAUUGAGGGGCAAGUCAUUUUCAUAUUAAGGAAAAAGAAUAUGGCAUUAAUGUUUAGUGUUUCUGUGUGUCAAAAACACUUUUUCAUUUAUUUGUCAAAGGAUUACUAUAUAUUUAAUGUAUUUCCUCCUUUUCUGUUUACCAUAUAACUCAAUA